ACGGCGCUCGGAAGCGUCCGAAUUAGGCCCACCCGAGUCGCUCUCGUCUCAAUCGAGUUUUUAGGAGUGGGGCAGGAGUCGGGAGCUGACGACCCCGAGCCGACUCCAUCGUUGUGACAGCCGGCAAGUUCCCUUUCUGAGCUUUCAUUAGCUCGGCUGCGAAGUGGGUCGUGAGCCAGCCGCUCUCGGCGUCCAGCCUGGAGAACGGGGUCGUUCAGGCAGCGCCCGCGGGAGAAGAGGGUCAGAAAUCCUGGAUUCUCACCCUGCCAUCCAAGAAACUCGGGAGGAAAAGUCAACAGCUUCUGUGUCCCUCACCGCCCUGGGAUAGGACCCAGCAUGUCUCAGGCCACCAAAAGGAAGCAUGUGGUGAAGGAGGUGCUGGGGGAGCACAUGGUGCCCUCUGACCAGCAGCAGAUCGUGAGGGUACUCAGGACCCCAGGGAACAAUCUGCAUGAGGUGGAGACAGCCCAGGGGCAGCGCUUCCUGGUGAGCAUGCCCUCCAAGUACCGCAAGAACAUCUGGAUCAAGAGAGGGGACUUUCUCAUUGUUGACCCUAUUGAAGAGGGAGAAAAGGUGAAGGCUGAGAUCUCCUUUGUGCUCUGCAAAGACCAUGUGCGCUCUCUGCAGAAGGAAGGGCUCUGGCCCGAGGCCUUCUCUGAAGUGGCUGAGAAACACAACAACCACAGAAACAGACAGACCCAGCCAGAACUCCCAGCUGAGCCACAGUCAUCAGGAGAAGAGUCCAGCUCUGAAGACGAUUCUGACCUCUUCGUUAACACCAACCGCAGGCAGUAUCACGAGAGUGAGGAGGAGAGCGAGGAGGAGGAGGCGGCCUGAGACCCCAGGACGUACUCCUGUUGCUCAGAGACUGUCUGUGGCUCCUCUGAGCUUGGACAUUCCAGGGUGCUCUGCAGAUCUUCCCCCCUGGAUGGGGACGAGGCAGGACCCCUUUCUGAACUGGCCUUCUGACCUGGGAGAAUUAAACCCCUGGUGGGUGGCGACGUGUGCUGGUGUCCAAGUGGCUGUCUGGGGUGGAGGCCUCGUGGGCAGGUGGGCUGAGUGGGCAGGAAGUGGGGACGGCUGCAGUCUUUUCUCAGUUCUCUCUCUCUCUGUGGGCAUGUAGUAAGGGGUGGGUUCUUAGCAAGUGUCAGGCCUUACGCUGUUCCUCCUUGCAUGUAUUCAAUAACUGGGGGCAGUCCCGCUUCUUCCUGCUCAUAAUCCGCACUGAUUCAGGAUCACAGCCAUAGGGCCUGGUCCCUGUUACCUCUCAGAAACACUCAGGAUGAACUUCAUAGUGCCUCAUGAGCUGCUGUCCCUGCCUUUCUAGUCACCUGUGGCUGCCGGAGUGCCCACCUCCACGCGGCUAUGUACGUCCCCUGGUCACUGGGCCCUUGUGGCAGCUCGGACUGUCGCUCCUCAGCCCUCUUGUGAACCACAUCAUCUCACUUGUGGGUAGUUUUGUUUUUUAACCUCUGGCUAUACACGCUCCCUCCUCGUUGCUGGCAUUGACCUUUUCUUUUAAGAUUUUAUGUAUUUAUUUAAAGAGAGGGGAAGGGAGAAAAAAAGAGGGAGAGAAACAUCAAUGUGAGAGGGAAACAUCUACUGAGCCCACAACCCAGGCGCGUGCUCUGACCGCGAUUGAAGUGGUGACCCACCACAAGGCGGAAGGUCACUCACCCAACUGAGCCACACCGCGCAGCUGGCCUUGGCCUUGGCCUUCUCGCCACUGCUCGGGCAUCGGAGAGCUUGUCUCCCGGUGUGGAGUGUUUUUCUUCUUUCAUCUUCAUUUCCUACGUCCCGUGGAAGGGCCCACGCAGCGCUACGUUCCUUCAGUUCCCUGGGAUCCCAUCGCCAAUGCUCUUGUCUUCUGAUCCGCGCCUGCUGCCCACGCCCCUCGUCCCAGGACCCCUGACAUCAACACAAACUGCAGCACCUUUUAAACUCGGGCACCUGUGCAAUCACCACCUCCUGGCUUUCUUGCUCACUUGCUCAACUCCCGCCUCUGCAAAAAUUUUUUAUCUUCAUCCUCCAUCCCCACCACCUUCUCACCAUUAUUCUAUCUUCAGUCCCCUUGUGCAACACAGAUUCCGUGGCCACACCCUCCCCUCCCUUGUCUUCCUCCACUGUGUGGAUCCAUUCAGACCUAACGCCAGCCAACCCAGUCAUUUGUCCCUGGGCCUGUUGCUGUUAGAGCAAACUGCCAGUUCGGCUCUCUGGUUUUUCCUUAAAUUCAUCAUUACAAACUUCAGAUGGACCCUCAGCACCGCCUAGCAGAUGGACUCGGAUGUAUAUCAACACUUCUCAUCUUGUCUGCGCUCCCGCUUCCUCUGCUGGUUACCACAGUUUACCCUUCAUGUAGAAGUGGUAGCCAGCCCCCGCCCAGUGGGUUGAAGCAUCGUCAUGUAAACUGAGGUUGUGGGUUCGAUUUCUGAUUGAGGCACGUGCCUAGGUUGUGGGUUUGGUCCACCAUUGGGGCAUAUAUUAGAGGCAACCAACGGAUGUUUCUCUUACAUCGAUGUUUCUCUCCCUCUCUAGAACCAAUAAGCAUGUCCUCGGGUGAGGAUUAAAAAAAGAAGUAGAAAUAGUAGCCAUUGGUGGGAACUCUCACCUCCCCUCACCGACCCUACAAACGUACCCAUGGAUCUGCCCGUCUUUUUACUUACGUUGUAGUUCAGCGGGACUUCGGCCUUCCCUCAUUCACCUGCUCCUCACUCACAUUCUCUUACGUUUGCUUGGUGUGGCUUUCGGUGUAUACACACAUAUAUAUACUUGUUUGUAUGUGCAUGUACGUGUUUAAAAAUGUCUCCGUACACAAAAACCCAGAUGAGGUGGAGGUAUAUAUAUAUGUGUUUUUUAAUUUGUGUUUAUUUUUUAUGGGAAAUGACUAACUUUUCUUGUGAAGGGGUAGCUGCUUAUUCCUGUACCAUCUGUUGAAUGGCUCAUUCUUUCCUCACCAAUUUAAAUACCUUCUUAAAAUAAACUGCAUUUUUGCGUAUA